CAAUUCUACCCCUUUGCUCUUUGCAUUUCUUCACCAAAUUUGUGUUCUGCCUUACCUUUCCUCUCUAACCACCUUUCUUUUACGAGGAAAAAAAAAAGCAAUCAUUUUGAUCCCACACUUCAUUCAUUCCAACUUAUUUUACUUUUGGAAAUACAAAAAAAAUAUCAAUCCUCAACCUCCUCUCUUUUCUGCUUCAAAUUUCCCAUUUUUUAUCUGGAUUUUCACGUUGAAUGGAGAACCAGUUUUUCAUUAAUGCGGGAAUCCCACCGCACGCUCCGCCAUUGCAGUUUGGGUCGUCUUUAUCGUCGUCGCCAAUGUCAGUUUGGCAAUCGCUGUCAUCAGCCAUGGAAAUUCAGUCUCAAUAUUGUUUCCCGACCACAGAGUAUGGUUUACAGUACGAGUCAGCCUUGAGUUCCAUGGUGUCUUCCCCGGCUGCUUCGAAUUGCAAUAUCUCCGGUGAGAGCUUAAUGAUCGGGGAACUGAUAGGGAAACUGGGGAGCAUUGGUAACUCUGGUGAGAUCCCCCACCAUUCUCAGCCUAUGUUGGCGGCUUCUAAAUUGAACUCGCCAUUGCCAAAAUCAACGGGGCUGAACUCCGGUGUGGCAGAUUUCUCAGCUGAUCCUGGAUUUGCGGAGAGAGCGGCGAAAUUUUCCUGCUUCGGAAGCAGGAGUUUUAAUGUUCGAACGACUCAGUUUGGACUCAAAGACAAUGGUGAAAUCGCAGCUUAUAGAUCUAAUCCGUUGGCACCAAACGCCAGUCUACCGCGUGUUUCCAGUAGUCCUGCUAUAAAAGCAAUGGCAUCUCAAAUCGGCAGCAGUAACAACAACACCCCAUUGCAGGAACGAUCCGAGUUAGCCAAUUCUCAAGAGGAAUCCACCGUUUCCGAUCAAAAUCCUGAGCCUGGCUUGAAAGGUUCUAAUUCCAGGAAAAGAAAAGCCGCUCCCAAGGCAAAAACGAAGGAAACUACACCAUCCCCAUCACCAAAUACUUCAAAAGUGAUUGAACUUAACGAAGCAUCAAACGAAAAACGAUGCAAGUUAUCCGAAAGCAAUGGAAACGAAAAUGGCUCUGGUAAAGCAGAGGAAGAUGCCAAAGGAAGCAAUACAAAGGCUCCUGAGCCUCCCAAGGACUAUAUUCAUGUUAGAGCAAGAAGAGGUCAAGCUACCGACAGCCAUAGUUUAGCUGAAAGGGUCCGUAGGGAGAAAAUCAGUGAGAGAAUGAAGCUUCUGCAAAAUCUUGUUCCAGGUUGCAGCAAGGUUGCUGGGAAAGCCUUGAUGCUGGACGAAAUUAUAAACUACGUUCAAUCAUUGCAACGACAAGUUGAGUUCCUCUCAAUGAAGUUAGCUUCAGUAAAUACCAGGCUGGACUUCAACGUGGAGAGUUUAAUGUCAAAGGAUCAGGUAUUUCAAUCAAACAACACUUUGCAGCAUCAAAUGUUCCCAAUGAAUUCAUCAGCACCAGCCUAUUUAGGGCACCAACCUCAGCAAAAUCCACCAUUACAGGGCAAUACUGCCAUCUGCCCCAAGCUUAACACCCAUUUGCCUCAAAUUAACGAGUUUAUUGACACUGUACCUGAGUACCCAGCGUUUUGUGAAGGUGACCUGGAAACCCUAGUUCAGAUGGGUUUUGGCCAAAAUCAGAACCAAGAAAUGGCAUUACAUCCACAAAACUUCUAGGGGUUAAAUCAAGUGUCUGACAUGAAAGUUGAGCUCUAAUUACACCAUUCUUUGGUCCUGGAUUGAAGGUUUAAAGCAGAGAACUGCUGCUGUAUAUACAAAAAAUGAGCUUAUCAUUGGACCACUGCAUCAAAUAUCAUAACUAGGCUAAUACCCAUUUGUGCUUAGGUUUAAAGUGGAGGAUUGUUUUCCCUUUUCCCUAAUAUUUUUAUAUUAAUUUCAGGGUUCUCUUUUUGAACUUGUAAUUAUUUUUUUCGCUUACCAAUUAAUCCAAUGUAAAAUCUGUGUAUUCAUGGUGCAAAGAUAUUUAUAGCAAAAGUGCACCAACAUUUGUAAGAUAUAGUAUUUUAAUCAAUUGAUUCUAAUUAAGCAGCUUUGA